AUGGCCAAACCCAAACCCAAACUCAGGAAAUCCCAAACCAACAACACCAAACCCUCCACUCCUCCCAAACCACCACCACCCACAUGGCCCCCCUUCAAACCGCCUCUCCCGGUCAUCCCUCUCUCUCCGACUCCUCACCCUUCCUUUCCAGACAAAAUCGUCCUCCUCCCCAACUUCUUCCCCCGCUCCCUCUGCCGCUCUUAUGUGUCCUUCCUCCGCACCCUCCCGCUUACAACGACUCCCGGCCGGCCGAGGAAGGGCGAGGCCGUACGUGUGAAUGAUCGCUUCCAGGUCGAUGACCCUGCCUUUGCUGAGAGGUUGUGGGCGGAGACGGGGUUGAGGGAUGUGCUUGCCCAGGAGGAGUUUGCGCACCUUUGGGGCGGCCAAGUCAUGGGUCUAAACCCCAACAUCCGCGUCUACCGCUAUUCUAAAUCACAAUUCUUUGACUGCCAUUACGAUGAUUCCAACCCCGUAGCCCUCCCACCAAACAAUACUCCUUGCAAAACAACCUGGACCUUGCUCCUCUACCUCACUUCAGCCUCCGACCCAGACGGGUGCAUCGGCGGCGAGACCGUCUUCUAUCCGCAUGACCGCCAGUUGGAAAAGGAGGCCGUCGUCGUUGCGCCGGAAACGGGACUUGUGCUUUUGCAUAAACAUGGGAACGAUUGUCUGCUGGUUAGUUCUUACUACUUGUCUCGGGAUGGAUGA